UAUUCAUUCAAAAAUAAGUUGACAAUUUACCUUUUCUAUCAUGCAUACAUAUACAAAUCUGUUUUAUCAAUAAAAAAUUUAAGGGCUCUAUUAGGUAUAGUUCAACGCCAAAAAAAUACCGAGAGCAAUAGGAUACUGUGAAUUUAUUACAAACUCCCGCCAUUUCAGUUCCUUGGCUUGGUUCGCGUUAAUAUCUACUUGUUAGUAUCAACAAGUGUUUCAAAAUUAUACUUAUACUCCUUAAUCCCUAAUUGUUUUAAAAAAUGUCAUCGGGAAAUAAUUGCGUCUUAAAGUUUGCAAAGCUCACUGAUAAAGCAUUUGCUCCGACGAAAGGUUCUGCAUUAGCUGCUGGAUACGAUCUGCGUAGUGCGUAUGAUUGUGUCAUUCCGGCACGAGGAAAAGAGUUGGUCAAGACUGAUAUUCAAAUUGAAGUACCAAAUGGGACCUACGGCAGAGUCGCGCCAAGAUCUGGGCUUGCUUGGAAACAUUUUCUUGACGUCGGUGCUGGAGUUAUUGAUGCGGAUUACAGUGAGGAAAAUGUAUGGAAACUCUGUCAGGAUGUCGCAACGAAGCAUGCAUCGGAAUUAUCACACUGCUAUGUAGUUUUUAUUAGUAAUAACAAUCGAAGCGUACCACUUUGGCGACAACGAGAAGGAAAAGGCGACGAUAAAGUCAUUGUUUGGGAUUACCAUGCAAUUCUAAUUUAUGCACCUGACGAACGAGCUGUGGUUUAUGAUUUAGAAAGCGCUUUACCUUUUCCGACAUUUUUUUGGAAAUAUGCCACCGAAACCUUUAGAUCUGAUGAAGCUUUACGCCCUGAAUAUCAUAGGAGAUUUAGAAUUAUACCAGCGGCAUUAUUUUUACAAAAUUUUGCUUCUAAUCGAAAUCACAUGAAACGGAAAGAUGGCACAUGGAUUAAAACACCGCCAGAGUAUCCACCAAUAUCUACGCCAACCUGCCAAAAUAAUUUAGAUAAAUUUAUUGAUAUGGAACCUGGAACUGGUUUAGGUACUGUUAUGAAUUUAAAACAAUUAGUUAAUCAAUUUUAUAGACCAAAUAUUAACCAGACGUCAUCUCCAGCAUCUGAAUUCUCUGAAGCUGAAGCAGCAUCAAAUUGAAGGAAAGCUUAUUUUACAUUAAAUAGUUUUAUAUUGUUUAUCCUGACAUAAUUCAAAUCGCUUGGUACCAAUAGAUAUAUAUAUAAUAUACUUAUGUAUAUAUUAUUUAAAAAUGAUAUCAGUAUGAUCUUGUAGAACUUUUUAAUACAUUUAAAUGGUGUUGCGACUAUUAAACCGAAGACAGUUCGACCGAAGACAAUUCAACUUUACGACAGUUCAACCACCAUACAUUUUAACCGCAAAACAAAUAAUUUUUAAAUAAACACACAUGAAAUCGGUGAAAAAAGGGUACAGGAAGAAAGUUUACAUGGAUAUAGAAUAUCGGCUAAAAAAUAUUGUCACAAAAUAUGAUUCAGAUAAAAAUUUACAAUAUCUGCAUGAUAUUGCAGCAAUAUUAUCUUCUUGAUUUAUUAUAAAAAUUAAAUAAUGAUAUUUUCCCCAUAUAAAGUUUUGCUAUUUUUUUUUUUAACCAAACUAUGCAAUAACUUUGAGAAAGGAAUGGUUUCAUUUCAUUAUACAACGGUUGAUUUGCCUUGGGAUUUAACUGUCAUUUGGUUCAAAUGUCGUCGGUUAAACUGUCGUCGGUUGAAUUGUCUGCGGUUUAAUUGUUACAAAACCUAUUUAAAUUUUAUAACACACAUUAUAAAUCGAAAAAAUAUAUUGAGGUCUUAUUGAUGUAAUCGAUAAAUUUGUAGCAACAGCCAUACAUAUAUCUUUGUCUUUUUAUAAUAAACUCUUAUUCAAUUUACUUCACUACGUCGAAAAUUUAACUCAAAAUAUCUAUUAUUAACUAUAUAAAUCUUUAAAAAUAUUAUAUAAAUUAAUUAUAUUUACUGAACUUAUUCGAUUAUGCCAUACAUUUAAGAACAAUAAUUUUUUUUUCCGCUGUUGAGAGGUACAUUUUCUUACCGUAGUUUUCAAAUAAUAUGUUCUGACGCAUUAAUAUUAUAAUAGUAUAAAAUCGGUUAUUUUUUGAUUAUAUUAAAGACUGAUACUUUUCAGAAAACUUUUUAAUUUGUUUAAUAAUUAAUAAAACGCACUUAUUAAUAAAUUUUGUGAUUUAAUUACAGUAGAAAAAAAUAUAUAUAGAAUAAUUAAAAUUGAAGCAACAAUUGUUAAAUUUUGGAAUUAUAAUGUGAUUUUACUAUUCAAUUACUGUAAUACUUGUGAUACUUUACAUUUUUUACUCUUUCAUAAUUGUAUAAAUAUACUAUCUAUAAUUAUUUUUAAAAUCAUUACUACUUCUAAUAUUCUCAGCAUACGUUUAAUAAAAUUAAAAACUAGGUACAGUUUUCAUUACUAAAUAAUUCUAUAAUUUCUCUCUAUGAUGUUUAAUAAUUAAUAAAAAAAAAACUGUGUAUUUGAUAAAAAACAAUUAAAAAGAUAAAUUGUCUAAUUAUUAAAUUAACAUCGAAUUAAU